GCUUCUGAGCCUAGCAAAACCUUAGAAGGAAAUUUUUUAAGACGACUGAGUAAAGAUUAUGCAAAUACCUAAAAAAAGCAACAUACAAAAGCAGAAGCUUGGCUUCCAGGUUAAGUAAUAAGGCAAACGAAUUAUUUUCUUUUCAAGUCCUAUGAAUUUGAAGCCUCUAGACCCACACUGCUGAGAUUCAGAGGUCUUUCUUCAAGAUAUCUCGUGGUAUUGCAAAAAAGUGCCUCACAAUAAGAUCAAGAUCUAGCUUUUUGUUUAUUCAAAGAGGUUUGCUGUGGAUCACCAUGUCAAGCCAACGGGUGAAAUUGCAUAUCCAAGAACGUCAUGUGGUGAUGGACAAUGGCAUACUUCAAGUCACUAUAUCAAAACCAGAGGGAAUAGUAACUGGUAUACGAUAUAAUGGCAUCAGCAAUUUGCUUGAAGUUCGAAAUGAUGAACCUAACGGAGGGUAUUGGGACCUUGUCUGGAGCAAGGAAGGAAGUACAGGAACAACCGGAACACAAAAUGUGAUUAAAGGAACAAAUUUUAAAGUUAUAAUGGAAAAUGAGGAACAAGUAGAAACCUCAUUUACAAAAUUGUGGGAUCCCUCGCUUGAAGGACAGCUCGCUCCUUUGAACAUAGACAAGAGGUUUAUAAUGCUCCGCAACUCCUCAGGAUUCUAUUCCUACGCCAUUUAUGAGCACUUGCAAGAAUGGCCUGCUUUCAACGUCCCUCAAACCAGAAUUGUUUUCAAACUCAGGAAAGACAAGUUUCGCUAUAUGGUAGUAGCAGAUAACCGGCAAAGAUUCAUGCCACUGCCAGAAGACCGGUUACCGCCAAGAGGCAAACCGCUUGAUGUCCCUGAAGCUGUUCUUCUCGUCGAUCCUGUGGAGCCAGAAUUCAAAGGAGAGGUGGAUGACAAGUACCAAUACUCAUGUGAGAACAGAAAUCUUCAGGUCCAUGGUUGGAUAUGCUUUGACCCUCCUGUGGGGUUCUGGCAAAUCACACCUAGCAAUGAAUUCCGAUCUGGUGGACCUCUCAAACAAAACCUUACCUCCCAUGUUGGUCCGGUCACUCUUGCAAUGUUUUUAAGCGCCCACUAUGUAGGGGAAGAUAUGGUGCUGAAAUUCAAAUCAGGCGAGCCAUGGAAGAAAGUUUUUGGUCCUGUUUUUAUCUAUCUAAACACUUUGUUGGACGCAAAUGACCCACAGUUGCUGUGGGAGGAUGCUAAAGAACAGAUGUUAAUUGAAGUUCAAAGCUGGCCUUACAGUUUCCCAGCUUCAGAGGAUUUUCCAACUUGCAGUCAACGUGGUAAUGUUAGUGGUAGAUUGCUAGUUCGAGACAGUUGUGCUAGUGAUUUUGAUAUACCAGCGAAUCGUGCUUAUGUGGGACUGGCACCACCAGGAGAUGUUGGAUCAUGGCAAACUGAAAGCAAGGGUUACCAAUUCUGGGCUGAAGCAGAUGCAGAUGGUUAUUUCUCCAUCAACAACAUCCGCACAGGAUUUUAUAAUCUUUACGGGUGGGUUCCUGGUUUUAUUGGAGACUACAGAUAUGAUGAGGCCAUUACCAUAACCGAAGGUUGUGAUAUUGACUUGGGAGAUAUAGUAUACGAACCUCCAAGAGAUGGUCCCACACUGUGGGAAAUAGGUAUGCCCGAUCGUUCUGCUGCAGAAUUCUAUGUUCCUGACCCUGAUCCCAUGUACAUCAACAAACUUUAUGUGAAUCAUCCAGACAGGUUCAGGCAAUACGGACUAUGGACAAGAUAUACAGAUUUGUACCCCGACAGUGAUCUGGUUUACACCAUAGGGACUAGUGAUUACAGCAAAGAUUGGUUCUACGCUCAAGUUCCCAGGAAAACAGGUGAUGGUAAUUAUCAAGGAACCACCUGGCAAAUUAAGUUCAGACUUGAGAAUCCGAAUAAGAGUGGAACGUAUAACCUGCGUUUGGCGCUUGCAACUGCCAAUAGUGCUGAAUUGCAGGUUCGCAUUAAUGACCCGGGAACCAAUCUUCCCCUCUUUUCAACUGGAGUGAUUGGACAUGACAACACAAUUACAAGACAUGGAAUUCAUGGAUUGUACAGACUCUAUAGCGUUGAAAUCCCAGGUGCUCAGCUCCUGGAAGAAGAUAAUACCAUUUUCUUGACGCAAACAAUGGUCACAAGCCCUUUCCAGGCCGGAAUCAUGUAUGACUACAUUCGUCUGGAAGGACCCGCCUCUUCUAAUUCUUAAAAUAACUAAAUCUCCUUAAUAUAGCUCAGAAUCUUAUAUCAAGAAAAUCCAUUUUUUACAUUUCGCUCAAAAUAUAUCAAUAUGUAUGAUAUUACAGAGAUUUUUCGAGCCUCUUCUUGAUAUUUUCAGCUUCAUCAGCUGCUUCAACCUGCAUCUUAGUGGCCUGUAAAUCAGCUGCAGUUGCUUCCUUCUCAUUUUUUGCUGUAAUCUUUAACGCCUGUUUCCAUGUUAAUUGAAAGACAUACAAUUAACUAAUCAGCUCAGUAGUGUUGUAUAUAAUUAAUAAGCAAUUCGUUCUCAAAUUU